UUUCUUAUCGGUGGUCAGCUUGGUCAGGCCUUGUGUAAGCUUCUCCUUUUCUUUAGUAACGUUUCCAUUGUCAUGUUGACUCAGAAUCUGAUUCUGGUAGCGGUGGAUCGAUUUGGAGCCGUGCUAUUUCCACUCCGUUUGCCACUCAUCAGAUCCAAGCUGUGUUCCUUCUUCAUUCUUGCCACGUGGAUGUUUGCCAUGGUUUUUAUUGCGAAAGAUUUGUUGGCCUUCGCGCUCGUUGAAUACCCGGAGGGAGCCAGGUGUGUACGGAGAUGGAAGAAAGUAUUCGGAGAAUCCUCGUCCUUUGCCAGUUUGCUUCUAGCUUACAACAUUCUGUUUACAUACAUCCCUGUGCUGUUGUUAGUCAUUCUUUACUCCAUCAUCUUUAUCAAGUUCAAGACACAAGCACACCCAGGUAAACAGUCGACCAACAAUCAGCAACAACGGAAAAGAAAAAACGGAAACGUUCUUCAAAUGUCCAUUGCUAUAGUAACAGUGUUUGUGCUUUGCUGGUUACCUUUCAGUACUAACCAUUUAAUGAUAGCGUAUCAGGAUAGUUCUGCUCAUUUCUCCUGUAGUUUCCAGAUAUACUUUGAUGUAACUACUUUACGAUUCACUCUGUUCAUUAUCGUUUCACUGGCCGCAAAUUCUCUCAUUGUUAUGACCGUUUAUAAAACGCCGAACUUAAGAAAACCGAUAAAUUAUUUCAUCGCAAACAUGGCCUCAUCUGAUUUGCUGUUUCCAAUAUUCUUCACCCCUUGGACACUGACACACUUGCACACAACCUCGUUUCUUAUCGGUGGUCGGCUUGGCCAGGCCUUUUGUAAGCCUGUCCCCUUCUUUGGAGAAGUUUCCUUUAAGGUUUCGAUUCAGAAUCUGAUUCUUAUAGCAGUGGUUCCAUUUGGAGCCGUGGUGUUUCCACUCCGUUCACCACUCAUCAGAUCCAAGCUGUGUCCCUUCUUCAUUCUUGCCACGUGGAUAGUUGCCGUAGCUAUCUCUACGCCAUACUUGUUCGCCAAAGAGUUCGUUGAAUCCCCAGAGAGAAACUUAUGUGUUACGAAAUGGAAGAAAGUAUUCGGAGAGUCAACGUCCCGUACCAGUUUGCUACUAGCUUACAUCAUUCUGUUUACAUACAUCCCUGUGCUGUUGUUAGCCAUUCUUUACUCCAACUUCUUUAUCAAGCUCAAGACACAGGACACCCAAGUGAACAGUCCGCCAACACUCAGCAACAGCGGGAAAGAAGAAACCGAAACGUGCUUCAAAUGUCCAUCGCUAUCAUUACAGUGUUUGUGUUUUGCUGGUCACCUCUCUCUAUCAACUUUUUAAUCAUACUGUAUCAACACAGUUCCAUCACGCAUGUCUCGUGUAGUUUCUGGAUAUACUAUGAAGUCACCAUUUUUAUCUGUUUCAUGAUUUGCAGUAAUUACCGAAAAGCUCUUAAAGGCAGGGGGGAAGGUAACUCUAUUGUUUUUCACCUAAGUUUUCUGUUUGGUCUCUAUUUUAACACUAUUUUUCCUUUUGGCCUUUUUUUUCUUUAUUCUUACUGCUGACCGUGCUGGCGUGCUGGUCAUGCACUUGGAUCAACGUAUAUUUUAAGCUCAAGUCCGGAGUUUUAUCUUGGAAGAGGGAUUUAAAAGCUCUUGACCUGCAUACUGGCCAAGCUUAUGACCAGAGAAAUACCAUAAGCUGUCAAGAAAUGUCCCUCCUCUAGAACAGCUGAAUUUUUUUUCGACGUUAGUUGACAUCAUGACAAUCAACACACAGUACACCACAAAAUGUACUUAUUUACAUCCAACACCUACCCACCAGUGACCCUCAGACGAAAGUUAAACUUGCCUUUUGCACAUCGUCGUAAUCGUCAGUAUUAUUACCCUAAAAUCUCCACUGGGUUUGCCGACAAAAAAUAAUUAAAUGUAACCUUUUAUUGGUUUUCGGGAUUUAAUUACAAAAUUACAGGUGUAUGCCUAAUACAGCAUUAAAAUGCGGUAAAGCAACAAGAUUCAAUGCUCACAGUCUCUCACAAAUACCUGUCAUUUAGCUUCGUCUUUCAACGCUACAGCUAAGCAAACUUUGAGAGGAAUGAUAUGGGGUUCCACUAGAUCUGAAGAGCCGAAAAUACGCACAAUGUAAAGUAUAAUACAUCCUUUGAUGAACCUCCUAUCGGUGUGUCUAAACUCCUCAGUCUUGCUGUGCACUGGCCCUCAAAAGUGUGACCGGUUGUUGUGACUGCCCGUAAAAUUUGCUCGACGAUAGAAAGGAAUCUUUAAAAUUUAUUACAACACUGGACAUUUCAUUACAAAAAGGUACUUAAUUCUAGUUUUCUAUGACCAUAGAAACUUUAAGAUCUCCAAAUCCAAGAAAUCAGAACAGUAUUUCCGUGAUAAAAUCGAAAUUUUUAUCCUUCUCUUUGAUUAACACUUUGCUCGCCAUUUUGAAAGUCACUGACGCGAGACGUGGCGUCAUACUGGCAGGCGGACUGUACCACAGAUUUCCUUGGAGACACCUCCCCCCCAUCCCCCCUGCUUAAAAGAUUCAUAAAGUGUUCUUUUGUAAAGGCGUAGGUCGCAUAGCCUGUGUACCGACGUCCCCCUUCCCUCAGAAAACAAAAUCUCUUUUCCAAAUUUUUGAGGGAGGGGGGACGUCUGUACACAGGCUAAGGUCGCCAAAAUGUGCUUUUUGUUGAUAAUGUUUAGAGAUAGAGGUUCGUCGAACGCGCGCCUGAAUAAAAGUGAUCAUGACUAUCAGUUUAUUUUUAGUAGUAUUAUCGAAAAAAUCUUAGAAGACUCAUGAAAAUUAAAAGUUCUUUUGUACAGUAGUAAGUCGCAAAAAUGUGCUUUUGAUAGAAUACGUUGAGAGUUAGAGGUACGUGGAACACUCGUGGAUAAAAAAAUCACCACGACAGCCGUCGGCGCACUUUUAAACAGGGGCACCCAACGAGAAUAUAGUUCAAAACCACUUAAACAUGGCAUUGUUGAACGUAUUUUAGUAUUUAAACGGUAGAUAUAGGCAUAUUUUCAUCCUCUAAAAAUAUUUCAUCUGUUCGGAUUUCCUAGCUGAAAGUCUAGUGAUCCGAAAAUUAUAGAGAUCAAAACUUACCUUUUCGAAAAUUUCAGCCAGAAAAAAGGCUCCCGAAAAUUCUAGGUGACCUUUUUAGGGUAACAAUCCGUUAAAAAUGGGCAAUUAUACGAUUUUGGGGGGGUUCGAAAAUCCUAGGAGAGGCAGGCAAGCAAGAAAUUUUACAACUAUUUCGAAAUUUCUAGAUACCAAAUCGUCUUCCGGACAGAUAUUUUCCACAAAUUGUCGUUGGGUGCCCCUGUUUUAAAACUGAGGAUUAAUGAUAACAUGUGUUUAGUUUAAGUCUCCCAUGACUGCGAAAUGUGACAGCAUAGGCCACGUAUUGUUAAAGGCUGGGUCGUAAAUAAAACUCAGAAACGGACCAUUACAAACGUCAUUGGGAGCGUAGGCGGCGAUAUACAACUGUACAACUAACAACUGUAAAUUACUGCAGAACCGCUAAGUUAAAGGAAGAGGUUCUGCCGUAAAAAGGAAACGAAUAAAAGGGACAAUUAUAACAAUCUGUUGAAAUUUUUGCGCCACCCCAAGGUUUGACAGUAUUUUUGCGUUGUCAAAAGAAGCAAAGAAAAAAUGCAUUUUCUUGUGGCACGUACGCCGUUCAGCGUCCACUACAAAAUACAAUUCAAAAAUUUAAACAGGGAGUUUAAGAGGCAAGGUGUUGUCUUUUACACAAAAUCAAUUAAAUGAUAAUGCCCCUUUGAAAUGUUGUUGUCGCUUUAUAAAUUUUGGUCACCUAUGUUUAAAUACGUAAAGGGCGUAUUUCUACGUGCAAAUAAUAUGUAUCACCAGAGUUUAAAAUGUCCACUCAAUAAUUAUAUAUACUCAUAUUGGUUUCCAGAUAUCUUUUUAAUCGAUUUCUAAAUACAACCACCAUGGCUUUAAACUGAUAGCAUUCUUUAGUCUGUUCAGCUUGAAAGGGUGGCCAUAUCAGUCUUAAUAACAAUUCAGGAUUGAGCUCAGGCUUCGCAAGGGGACAUAGAAAUUUAAGUUUCAAAAAUUUGGAUCUUAACUGAUCAAUAUACCAGAUAUACUGCGUUGUACAGAAGGCGCACAGCAAACAUAAACUCGACAAUGGGGAAUGGAUCGAUCCAGUCUUGGAACUCUUUUAAACUAUUUAAUAAGAAGAGACAAAACUCCAUUGAUGAUAAAUUUUUAGUGUUCGCAGAAGAAAAAAUUUCCCGCGCCCUUGACAACAAGAUUCCCCGCUAAUGAAUAUAACAUUUCACACACCAGUGUUUAGUAAAAUUUGCAUUAAGCACGUAUUUUUAACUACAUUUUCAACAGUCUUGGAGCUGCUUCAAACAGUUUACGGAGAAAAGACAGAAUUACCGACUAGUGAUAAAUUGAGUAUGUGAUUUACGCUGCAACCUCAAAGUCUGAAAUAGUGAUCAAAAGAAACCUUCUCUUGUCAUGAAUUUGUUGUAAUGAAACAUAUAUAUCCUGUGUGAAUAAAUUACACUUUCUAGGGAAAAAUACCUAUCGAAAAUACCGUUGGUCGUGAUCUGAAUUAAAAGAAAAUUAAUUAGCUAUCCUCCUUAUUUAUGGUGUUUGUAGCUCGUGUACUAUUUUGGAAUACUAUUUACUAUAUGGAAUAUCUCCUAGUUAUUCUUAAGUGUAUUUGUGAAGAUUGACAUCUACUGUUGUAACUUCUGCUGUUCAGCACGUAUAUUGCCUUUUUUAAUUUGUCCUCCAAUCACAUUCGUAGUUAAUAAUUAAUUGAUACAAAAGUCUAGCCAAUUAUUUUCGAUUAAUACCUUCCGGUAGAUCGACUAACUGACAUGAUUUUGAAACUGUAAUUUUAGUACCUUCCUCUCUGUUAUUGUUUAAAUUUUGUUUAGAAGCCAAUAUUGUGUUCUCUCUCAUUGCUCUCCUUGUGUUAUUUCGACUGGACAACCCAAGCUUUUAAAGAGCGUCAAGGAGCAAUUAGGAAAGAAUUUCUUUCAGACAAAGUAAGUACCGUAAAAUUCCGAAAAUAAGCCCCUCCAUGUAUAAGCCCCUCCAAAUAUAAGCCCCCCAAACCGGUGACGCAAAAACUGAGCAGUCAAAGGAGUAACAAGCCCUUGUCAGAAAAACGUGCCAGUUUCUCUUUGCCGACAGCAGACUUUAGGUUUUCCCAUUAAUAGGUUGAUCGAGAAGUAAAUGUUACAAAAACUUCAUGUUUUAUGCACACGUGAUAAUAUGCACUUAUUUUUUCCUCAUAUUCACCUGUUAAGCCUGUGCUUAAUGGCCUGAAGGCAGCUUCGCCUCUGCUUCCUGUGGUCAACUGUCAAACUUGUGUAGUUGAUGAUGGUACUACCAUAGAUAUCAUUUUUUAAUGUGUUAAAACACACUUGUUUAAUCAUCUUCUCAAUCGAUUUCUUUAUACAACCACCUGACCUAAAUGAAGUCUUUUGGUUGGUUUAUAACAUACUAAUACCCCACUGUUUCUGUCAAAAGGUGAGUCGGCGGAUAAUGCCGGAAAUUUACAAUACAAAGUCACUUUUUGAAGGCCUCAGAGGACAGCUGUGCUGUGGCUUCGCAGGGGGCUUACAAUUGUCAAUAAAAGUUCUGACUCACACAGGAUACGCAAUAUACAGUUCAAAGUUACUUGACUGCAUGUGUACGACUCUGUAGAUACGUUGCAAAGCUAAGCAUGAACUCAACGGCGAACGGCUCCAGCGGAUCAUGGACCUGCUUAAAUUUUACUGUGUGGAAAAUCGGAGGAACCGUUACCUACUGUCUGAUCUUUAUCGUUUCACUGGUCGCAAAUUCUCUCAUUGUUAUGAUCGUUUAUAAAACGCCGAACUUAAGAAAACCGAUAAAUUUUUUCAUCGCAAACAUGGCCUCAUCUGAUCUGCUGUGGCCAAUAUUCUGGAUACCUUGGAACCUGUCACUCUUGCACGCCAACUCGUUUUUUAUCGGUGGUCAGCUUGGUCAGGCCUUGUGUAAGCUUCUCCCUUUCUUUUCUACCGUUUCCUUUACCGUUUCGAUUCAGAAUCUGAUUCUGAUAGCAGUGGAUCGAUUUGGAGCCGUGGUGUUUCCACUCCGUUCCCCACUCAUCAGAUCCAAGCUGUGUCCCUUCUUCAUUCUCGCUACAUGGAUAGUUGCCGCAGCGGUCAGUUCGCCAUACUCGUUCGCUUACGAGCUCGUUGAAUACCCAGAGGGAAACUGGUGUGUUACGAAAUGGAAGAAAGCAUUCGGAGAGUCAUCGUCCAGUUCCAGUUUCUUACUAGCUUUCUCCAUUCUGCUUACGUACAUACCAGUGCUGUUGCUAGUCAUUCUUUACUCCAUCAUUGUUAUCAAGCUCAAGACACAGGCACACCCAGGUGAACAGUCCGCCAACAGUCAGCAACAGCGGGACAGAAGAAACCGAAACGUGCUUCAAAUGUCCAUUGCUAUCGUAACAGUGUUUGUGCUUUGCUUGUUACCUUACUCUAUCAACGCUUUAAUCAUAGAGUAUCAGGACACGCGUUUCUCGUGUAGUUUCUCGAUAUACGCUACAGUCACCUUUUUUAUGGUUAGCGCGUACUGUGCUAUCAACCCAGUUAUCUGUUUCAUGUUUAGCAGUAAUUACCGAAAAGCUCUUAAAAGACUCAUAAAAUGUUCUUUUGUACAGGCGUAG